AGUAUAGUUACUGUAGUUAUGCUUUGUAGGGCGGUGUAGAGCAACUUCCUGGAAACUUGUAGUGCAAAGAGGAAAGAAGUAAAAAAGGAAGAGUCAGUUUAGAGAAGAGACACUCAGUCGAGGUCACUGAGUAGAUAAGGAAGCAAGAGAACAAGACACAAGAAAACUUGGUCUUGUGAAGGGAGAGACUGACUGACUGAAUCAUCGAAUCAGGAUGUUCGUUCUCAUCUGGGCGACUCUUCUUUUCUCUGUGAGAGGUUCAUCAUUGAAGGAAACAUGUAAAGAUGAGUUCUGUAUCACUCUCAGUGAAGGAGGAAUAACAGCAGAGGCUGGACUCUGUGCUGUGAUACCGUGUUCUUUCACUGCUGGUCCUAGCUUUACACCCCAAAAUAUAAAUUGGUACAAAUGUGAACUAUCGAAACAAAGAUGUGAUAAAUCAGACAUAAUAUUCCACACAAAAAUGAACAACAACAAAAAUCAGUCAGGACGAGUGUCACUGUUGGAGCCUGAUGUGAGCCAGAAGAACUGCAGCAUCAUCAUCAAUGACCUCACCAAGUCAGACUCUGGAUCAUAUUAGCUCAGAGUUAAUGGUAGCUCGUCUGCGAAGACAGAUGAUGGAUUUACAUACACUCCAAAAGCAACUGUCUCUGUUAAAGAUCUGACCCAGAAGCCCACAGUGAUGAUUCCUCCUCUGACAGAGGGACAGCAGACCACACUGAUCUGCACUGCUCCUGGUCUCUGCUCUGGAUCUCGUCCUAAAAUCACCUGGACGUGGAGAGGAACAGGAGAGAACGACUCUCACAUCACAGCAAACAUCACUGAGUUCAAGACAGAGAAUCUGACUGCUGUCACACAGAGACACAGCUCAACUUUGACCUUUAACCCUUCAGCUAAACACCAUGGCACCAAGGUUACCUGUAAGGUCAACUUCACAAACAACAUCACUAUAGAGGAGACAGUGACUCUGAAUGUGACCUAUAUGAAGAAACCUGUAAUCACUGGGAAUACAACUGUUAAGGAGGGGCAUGCUCUGAAUCUGACCUGCAGUGUUGAAAGUUUUCCUCUGUCUAAUAUCACAUGGUCUAUUCUCGGUUCCAACGCAAACCAGCUCAGUGAACCUAAUACUGACCGGCAGAACAACUCUGGAUCAGCCACACUUGUCAUCCAUAAUGUGACAGCAGAACAUUCUGGACAGUACAUCUGUACAACACAACAUCUGAACAGGACUGUGACUGUAUUUGCUGAUGUAACUGUGACUUGGAUUUCGAAGGUCUUUAACAACUCUGGAUGUAAGGUUCAAUCGCAGGUCCUGACCUGUGUGUGUAUCAGUGAGGGGUUUCCUUUACCCACCAUCAAAUGGCCGUUGUUGAAGAACUACACUGAGUACUCUGUUCAUACCACCGUGUCAAACCACACAGUCAACAGCACCGUCACCCUAUCCAUAAAAGAUCACAGCAGCACUACUGUUGAGUGUGUCAGCAGCAAUGAGCAUGUGGAAGCAAAAGAAAACCUCACCGUUCAAACAGACGCUCCCAAACAAGAGGAUCUCCUCUAUCAUUUGUUAAUGAUUGUACAGCCACAAAUCAUCAUCGCGUUUGUGAUUGGGAUUCUUCUGUCAGCCACCAUCUGCUGUUUGGCCAGAAAAUGCCACAGAAAAAAGCAGAAGAGCUCUGGAAAUACGGUUGAAAACCUGGAGAUGGUGACUACUCAAGUGGUCCAACUGAUGGAUGCUGGUCAAUCAGUGGAAAAUGAUGAGACCCAUGGCCAAGAAGCAGCUGAGGGAGAAGCAGAGGCUGCUGGGCAAUCAGCCCCUAACAGUGACGUAGAACCCAAAGAGGUAGAGUACUCUGACAUAGACUUCUCCAAGUGUACAAGGAAGAGUCCCAGAGGGACAGAGAAUACGCAAGAGACGGCAGAGACAGAGUAUGCUGAAAUUAAGAAAGUUGAAACAGAGGAGAGAGAAGACAAUGCUGGCGAGGAUGGUGAAAACUUGGGCAAUCAAGAGGAGGUGGCGAUGAUAGGGGAAGAUAACGAGACAAGAGAGUGUAUAGUUGCAGAAGAGGAGGAUGUUGCAGUGUAUUCCAAUGUGAAUGAAAUAAUGGCUGAGAUUUGAGGACUGUGUAGCUUGGUGGAGUCACUUAUGGAUACAUUUCUUUUUGUAUUGGUGAAGCAAGGCGAAACAUGACGGGUGAUUUAACAUAGACAGUUGUAACAUAUAACAUAAAUACAGUGAAACAUUGUGCAUUACAUUAAACGGAGGAUAGAGCAGAACCUAUAUAGUGCAGAAAUUCAUCUUUAGAUGUGAUAUUUCAAGGAAAUAUUUUUACAUUUUGUCUUUUUGUGCAAACAAGCUUGUCUGACACAGGAUUAAUUUACACUGUAUCAAGUAGAAUUGAUAGCUUUAUGUACCAGAUAAGCUUAUUAUUAUUUUUAGACUUUACAUUACUUUUUAAGAAAUAAAUGCAGCUGAAAUUGUGUGUCAUCACGCUUUUAAAGUAUAUUUUUUGGGUCCUUUUAUAGCCUUUAUUAUAGUAACAGCUGAGGAUAGACAGGAAAGGGGGGGCAGAGAGAGGGGAUGACAUGCAGUAAAGGGCUGCAGGUCAGAUUCAAACCCUGGGCCGCUGCAGCAAGGACUCAGCCUCGGUAUGUGGGUCGCCAGCUCUAUCCACUGAGCUAUUCGGGUGCCCUGUCAUCAAGCUUUUAAUGUUUGAUUCAUUAUUGAGUGUUGUAGAUAUAGCUAUAAUUUUUAAGGGUGUUAUUUUUAUGACCUUUUUCUUUUCCUUUUUAACUUAUGUGAAGUGUCUUUCAGUUUCUUGAAAAGCGCUCUAUAAAUUAAAUGUAUUAUAAUUACUAUUAUUAUAAUAAUUAUUAUUAUUAUAAGGUAUAAAUGAACUUCUGGUUUGAACCUUCAUUUUAAGCCAUGUGUGGCUGUCUCAGGGCAGGUUGUCCAGAAAUGGCAGUGUUGAUUGUUCAAACCCUAUAAAACACUGAACCUCAAAUAACGCCAGAUGGUUAGGUUAGGUGAUGCCAUCAGUGAGUGUGAAUGGGUGAAUUAGAGGCAAAUUGUAAAGCACUUUAGAUAAAAGUGCUAUAUAAAUGCAGUCCAUUUUUGUGAAAAUCCUACUUUGGUGCCUCUCAGUGGUGAAAAGUCUGUACCACACAUGCUCUGCAGGAUCCCCUGUGCUUCUAUGUUUGGUUUGCAUAAGUGCAGAUCUGUCUUUUAGAACUGUGCUCUGCUUUGCAUAUGAAUAAACGCUAACCCUGUGCACUGAAUAAA